AUGCAGAGAUGACAAUAUGAUGGAAUUGUGACGUACACGGACAUUUAAGCGAACUCUGUUACACAGCUGAUUAAAUGACUGCUAUAUCUUCUCCCUGUAAUUGUAAAAACAGCACCACCUGCUGUAGUGGAACAUUUGUACUGUAAGAAACAGCUAAUACGAAACCACAGAGAAUAUAAGAGUAUGCAAAUAUCCAUCAUCUCUGCAUCAAGUCAGACAUUAACAGGCCUGUACGCUUGAUCUUUUUAUAUGGCGCCAUUUCUUUUGUUCUAAUAAAAGAACCAUUUAUUUGUCCUAAUGCAUUGCAUUUCUUUUGGAUUUGGAACUGGAUUCAAAUUUGACAACAUCUAUAAAAUCGCAGUCGCAUUCAUAAGCCAAACGAUGGAACUGCGCCUACUUACGUUUAAAUUUACACAAUCUCACAAAUACCAUUUCUCCUGCUCUAUUGGAAAUUAAUUCAAGUCUAUUCCAGCUUGAAAAUGAGGCCCAUUGGUGUGUCAGUCUAACAUCUCUAAUAGACUGAGAAGUCUUGUUUUGCACAUGGUGUGUGUCUUCUUGCAUUUUCUGUGCUUCAAAAUUGCUUUCUGGAUCUGGAUUUAAAAGUUUAAAUGGAUGUUGCACAGAUUUGCAAAACCUUGAGUGGCUGUUGUCACAGAUCAGUCACAUAUUCAACCAAUGCAAGUAUUUACUGACAGGUUAUGACUAAUGGCUUUAAGGUUAUCUAGUUUCAUGUUAAGUUACUAAUGAACACCGUCAUCUUGAGGAUCCCUAACUAGCUAAGCCGAGGCUCUGUUGCAGCUGCAUUAUAUAACUAUAUUGCAGUCUGGGACUACUUCUGCACUAGAGCUCUUAUUAUUAUUAUGACGUUGGGUGCGUCGCUUGAAGAUGGUUUAGGGGCUAUCAAAUUGGCCAAUAUGUCUUAUGUUUGAAAUCACUUUCUGUUUUUUCCCUUAUUAAAUACCAUUGUGACAGUGCUAGUGACAACAACCUUAACAUCCUGUGACCUAAGCGCACACUGCUAAAGUCUCACUGGAAUAACUUCUUAUUAAAAAAUAAGCUUUUUUAUACACAUAAACCCUGAAAUUGCAAAACAGAGUCUUUGCAGAUGCCUGGUUCUGGACCCAGAUAAAGCUUUGCAAAUGAUCAAUGCUGCAACUAAUCGUGAGUUACAUGGCAUGGGAAAACAUGCGUCUCUGGAAACACAGGCCAGUAAGGGAAUCCCUGACUGUUAGUGGGUGUGUGUGUGUGUGUGUUUGCAUUUUAUUAGCAAAUUCAUGUUCCAGUACAUAUCAUUCUACCCCUUUUGAGCACACAGCUGGCCUUGGUGUGUGGCUAGCCAAGUGCUAAGUGUGAUGUGUAAUCCUGUUUUUUUCCCAGCAGAGUUCAGCUUGUUCUGAAAGAGAGAGAGAGAGAGAGAGAGAGAGAGAGUAACAGGAAACGUGGCUGAGACUGUUUGCACCAUGUGAGCGCUAGUUCUCAAAUUAUCUGGGAACAGAACUGAUGAUCUGAGAAUAGAUUAAGAAGGAUUAGUCCAACUUGCUAGGGGGUGUGAGUGGGAUUGGAUUGAAUUCCUUUGGGGAACAGGUUGGAUUGGUAGGUGGGAUUGGCUUUCUGUAGGAGUGAGUAGGUGGGAUUGAUAAGUGGGACUGACUUUCUGUAGGAGUGAGCAGGAUUGGUUGGAAUUCCUUUUGGGAACAGGCUGGAUUGUGAUAUGGGACUAGAUUUCUGUAGGAGUGAGUGGGAUUGUUUGAAAUUCCUUUGGGGAACAGGCUGGAUUGAGAGAUGGGAUUGGAUUUCUGUAGGAGUGAGCAGGAUUGCUUGAAAUUCCUUUGGGGAACAGGCUGGAUUGAGAGAUGGGAUUGGAUUUCUGUAGGAGUGAAGAGGAUUGGUCAGAAUUCCUUUGGGGAACAGGCAGGAUUGGUAGGAGUGAGCAGGAUUGGUCUGAAGAUGCGGGUGAUUGUAGGCAUCAUGUGUCUGUGCCAGUGUGUUGUCAGUCAGCUGUUGUUGGCCAAAGGGAAGACAACUUCACCACGAUUCAUUUGCAGUGUCCCAGGUCUACCGGGUACACCGGGGAAGCCGGGACCACCCGGGUCUUCAGGGCCCGAAGGCCACAUUGGAAUUCCGGGAAGGGACGGCCGGGACGGUCGAAAAGGAGAGAAAGGCGAGAAAGGGGAAACAGGAAUCAAAGGAAAAGUUGGACCAACCGGCAAAAUCGGUGAGCGUGGAGAAAGAGGUCCGACGGGUAAGCGAGGCCCCGAGGGCGACAGAGGAGACACGGGAAAUAGUGGACCACAUGGGCGGCCUGGACUGAGAGGAGAAAAGGGCCACAGGGGUCCACGAGGAGUGCCAGGCAAGUGCCUUUGUGGCAGCCUGGUACCCAAGUCAGCCUUCUCUGUAGCCAUCACCAGCAGCUACCCGGCCGAGCAAGCGCCAAUCAAGUUUAACAAAGUCCUUUUCGACGAAGGUGGCCAUUACAACCCACAAACAGGCAAAUUCAUAUGUGCAUACCCUGGCAUCUAUUACUUCUCUUAUGACAUCACACUGGCCAAUAAGCACUUAGCCAUCGGCCUGGUGCAGAACGGGAAGUACCGCAUUAAGACAUAUGAUGCCAACACGGGGAAUCAUGAUGUCACGUCUGCCUCGACAGUGAUAUUCCUCAACCCGGAGGAUGAGGUGUGGCUGGAGAUCUUCUAUAAGGAUCAGAAUGGCCUGUUUUAUGAUCCCAGCUGGGCAGACAGUCUCUUUUCAGGGUUUCUGCUCUAUGCAGAUACUAAUUACCUGGAUACAUUGUCAGAGGACUAUUCUUAGAUUCCUGUAAGGAUUAAAUCUUUUUUAUUAAUGUGAAUUCUGUGGGCUUGGAUUAAAAUAUUAUUUUCAGUGUAAACAAAUAUUAACUUAUCGGAUGAUUGCAAAUGAGGGGGCAUGGAGGCUUAGAGGUUAGAUUGUUAUGCUCACAGCUCCAGGGUUGGGGGUUCUGUCUGCAUGGACUUUGCAGUUCUUUCUGUGCUUGGGAGGUUUCUUUCAAGUCCAGUCCAGAGACAUGCUUUGGAGACUGAUGAGCAUCUCAAAAUUACCGUGUGUGUAAAUGGUUGCGUGAGUGUGUAUGUGUGAUUGUGCUCUGUGAAGGACUCUUCCAUGGUGUCCUCUUGCUGGGAUAGACUCUAGGUUCCCCACAAUCCUGUGUAGGUUAAGCAGUACUGAAAAUGGAUGGAUGGAUUGUAAAUAAUGCAUAGGUCUUCCAUCAUUAUAUUUUAAAUAAAUAAAUAUAUUUCCAUGGCUCUAUUCUGCAUUACAAUGGACUACUAAACCCUCUUGUCCCUCUGUGAUGUGGGUGCUGACUCUUUCUGAAUUUUUCAAAGAAAAGCAGAUCACAUAAGGCAUUGACCGAAAGGAUUCUGUUUAUUCUCACAGAAAACAAGGGGAUGAGUCAAUUUUCUCCUUCUUGUGAUCGCUGUCUUCUGGAGUUAGCUUUUUCAGUCUAAUAGAAACUCUACACGUGUGUAAAAGAGUCCAAAUGUCAUCCAUUCCAACAAGCAACUCCAUCUGUUUAAGCAUGUAACUGCCUGUGAUAGUGAACAACUAAAUUCUUUAAUGAAUCGUUGAAUCUACAUUGUCUAAAAGAUUCAUUUUUGUGAAAGAUCCGUUCAGUCAUUUUGGAUUCGUUCCUGUCCUGCUACCAGCACAGAUGUCUUGCACAAACUCAAUUUCCUAAACAGAGCAGAUAGCUGUGUCUAACAUGGGGCAUAUUUCAACAUUUAAAUCAAUCGAAAUUGAAUUAUCCAUGUGAAAAAAAAGAAAGCAAAAUGGAAAACAGAGCACAAAAUCUGUCUCCUCAAUGAAGAUGGUUCAGUCAUUUACAGUACAAAAAGCCAGGCUGCACAUGGUCUUCAUACUCACCGUGCAUGGCCACAAUUAUUUUUACAAAUAUCACUCAGCUGUUUUCUCAUGUGUCGUAACUGCUGCUGGAGAUGUUAGUUCAGAUGCCACUGGCAGCAUGACAAGCGUGUCCACUGCCAUAUCUACACAGACUUCACUCAUUCUCACCAAGACUUGCCAAUCCACCAACUGGCAUGUUAUCAGAAGGUAAGAGGAAGCUGGAACACUAAGUGAAAACCUCAUGCUGAGUAUGUGGAUCUACACACAAGACAGUUUUCUGGGAACCCUUGAGCUGUGAGACGGCAACCCACUGCACCACCCUAGCACUGAGUUCAUGUUAUAUAUCCAAUAUUAUUUAAGUUCCGAUAAUGUGGAAUUAAUUAUUAAAUAAUAUAGUCUCUGCCAAGACCUUGAUAGACUAAAUAUUUAAAUUGAAAAAAAAUAUCCAUAAUGUUAUUUUGUUGAUAUUACCACACAAACUGCUGUAUUUUAUG